ACGUUUUUCUCAUUUCCUCAUCAAAUAAACCUACAAAAGAUCAGAGAGCCCAUUAGUCACAAAAUAAUAUAACAUCCCUCGAGGCAAAAACCAAACGAUCCCAUCCGGCCACCCUGUACCACGCAACCAAAGGAUAAUAUUUAACAUAUCGAUUCAGCAUCGCUAUUAUAGUUCAGAAAUUGACACAGGUUCCGCGUGAAAAGCGGAAAAGCUUUCGUAAUAAGGUGACGCGGUACAGGGGCGGGCUGUAGAAGGCGACAUAUCGAUCGGUGGGACCGCGCAGCAUCCGCGAACCCGUCACGCAGGCAGCCCGCCUCUCCGGAAAACCAUCUAAAAACCACCGAAAAAUGACCGAAAACCAUACAAAAUAACCCGCGAACUAAAAGAACAACGGGUAGUGCAACAUUUAAAACCAAAUUCAAGUGAAUACGGCGGCUGCGCUCGAAAAUACAAACGUAAGGAGAGAGGUAUUAAAAAUGGCUGCCUGCGACGGGAAAUUGAAACAAUAAUGUAGUUUAAUUCAAAGAUAAAUCGGUAACGAAGUCUUCCAAUUUAGUGUUAAGCGUAACCUAAUAUUAGUGUUCAAAUAUUUAAAUUAGAAAUAAUCAAGUCUUCCGACAAAAAAUCGUUAUAAAAAUCCUCGGUCUUCCACGAGAGAAUAUAUUUACACAGACGUAGCAGCAGUAAGGACCGACGAUGCAUCACCUGGGGCGGUUCAAGCUGCCUCCGAUCAGGAAUGCGUUGGACGUGGCUAUGCAGACGGUCAGGCAGCAGAUGCCUGAUCGAGCGGCCGCCCAGACCCGGCCGCCGCAGAAUGUGCGCUUCGCUAACCAGGACAUGGGCGAGAGCUGCGAGCUGUCAACCAUGAACGAGACAACUACUCCCACGUACCAGUCCACCAACCCCACCAACCCCUUCCUGAGCGGGCAGCUGCAGGCCGAGGACUCCUUCACCAGCUACCAGAACACGUUCCCGCAGCCUGACGGCAAUGCACCGAGGACCCAAAGCAUGCAAAGCGUAGACUUCUACGCUUCAUCCGAAGAAGGUGGCUUCGAAGAAGGUGGAGGAACGCCGGGCCACAAAAUCAAUGAGUACCAAGCAGCUUGGAAUGUCACCAACGCUAUUCAGGGCAUGUUCGUAGUAUCGCUCCCGUUCGCUGUGCUCCAAGGGGGGUACUGGGCCAUCUUCGCCAUGGUCGGCAUUGCCCACAUCUGCUGCUACACCGGUAAGAUCCUCGUGGAGUGUCUCUACGAAGACGACCCCGUCACCGGACAGAAGGUCCGGGUCCGAGACUCGUACGUCAGCAUCGCCAAGGAAUGCUUCGGAAGGAAGUACGGCGCCAGGAUAGUCAAUAUCGCCCAAAUAAUUGAACUCCUCAUGACUUGCAUUCUUUACGUCGUAGUCUGUGGUGACCUCAUGAUAGGUACCUUCCCAGAUGGCUCAAUCGAUACUCGAUCUUGGAUGAUGCUUAUAGGUAUUUUCCUUUUACCACUAGCCUUCUUGAAAUCUUUGAAAAGCGUCAGUAUGUUGUCCUUUUGGUGCACGAUGAGCCAUCUCAUUAUUAAUGCCAUCGUCAUUGGCUACUGUAUCCUCAACAUCGGCGACUGGGGUUGGGGAAAGGUCAAAUGGAGUUUGGACUUCGAGAACUUUCCAAUCAGUCUUGGGGUCAUCGUGUUCUCCUACACUUCACAGAUCUUCCUGCCCACUUUAGAGGGAAACAUGGAAGACCGAUCGCGAUUCGAGUGGAUGUUGAACUGGUCUCAUAUAGCAGCUGCAGCUUUCAAGGCUAUAUUUGGCUACCUGUGCUUCCUGACUUUCCAAAACGAUACGCAACAGGUGAUCACCAACAAUCUCCGUUCUGCUGGGUUCAAGGGGCUCGUGAAUUUCUUCCUAGUCGUGAAAGCUGUGCUCAGCUACCCGCUACCUUACUAUGCUGCUUGUGAUCUGUUAGAACGUGCUCUCUUCAGAGGCAAACCGAAAACAAUUUUCCCGGUAAUUUACGCUUUAGACGGAGAGCUGAAGGUUUGGGGUCUAGCAUGGAGGUUGGGUGUUAUAAUGUUUACUAUUCUGAUGGCGAUUUUCUGCCCUCAUUUCGCUAUAUUGAUGGGUUUCAUCGGAUCCUUCACCGGCACUAUGCUGAGCUUCAUUUGGCCAGCAUAUUUCCAUCUCAAGUUAAAAGGUCCUCAGUUGGAUAGCUCCACAAUCGCCUAUGAUUACUUCAUCAUAAGCCUCGGAGUACUGUUUGGGAUCAUAGGUAUGUACGAUUCCGGUUCAGCCCUGAUAAGGGCCUUCAAGAUAGGCUUGCCGUUUUAAACCAUUCGUAGAUUUUAGAUAAUUGUUGAUCUAUUUUUAGACUAACGCAUUAAAUAUACCUACGCAACAUACGUUCGACAAUCGUUUUUUUGUGAAGUUAUAAUGUUAUAAAUAGAGGCACUAUAUUAGGCUGACGUGAUUGAUAAUAAUAAAUGUAUUCUAAUGUUUAAGAUUGAAAAUAGUAAAGUAGGAUUUGAUUGCAAAUGAAUUUUGAUCACAUUAUACAAUACGCACUAUUAUUGUUACUAGAGUCGAUGUCUUCCAAAAAUCAAAUUAUAAUUUGAUUAAAAAUACAUAAGUAAAUUAUAUAUUCUAUUAUGUACACCAUGUAUUUUAAUUUUGCUAUUUUUAAGAAAGUUUUACACAUUAUCGUCGUGUCUUCCAUAGUUUAUAUAAAUUGUGAAAUGAUUACUUAUACAAUAUGUAUUUAGACUAUUUAGAUUACUUAGAUAUUUUAUUAGAUACCUACUUAAUUUUAAGUUUAAUCCAGUAUCUUCCUAAUUUAAAUGGUAAACCCAAAGUUUAUUUCAAUGUUUAACAACGAAGUUAAAAAUCAUAGUAAAUAUAUAAAAUUAUGUUUUAAAUAUUAUAUUUAUAAAUGUUUUAUCAACAUAAUAACAAAACACUACAUAAAAGGUCUUCCAAAAUACCUACUAAAUAAGUUUUAAGAGAAAUAUAUUUGUAAAUGUAACAUUCCAAUGUUUAGGUACUUAAUACGAGUCUUCCAAAAUAAAUGAAUAAUCACGAUUGUUGUUGAAUAUACCUAAUAAUAGAUAUAAAAUAUACAUUAAAUAAUAGCUUAAAACACACUGUAUGAAGUGUAAAUGAGUUAAAACGGGAUGAAAUUGUAUUUACAGGUAUUAAUCAAUACUGGACAAUAAGAAAGAAAUUGCUUGGAUUAAUAAAGACAUACCGAAGUAACAAUACUGAAGUUUUUAAACUUCAGUAUAAAUUAAUGGAGGGACAAACGAAAUGCGAUAUACCAGAAUACCUACCACCAUAUCUAAAUAUUCUAUAGGUAGGUAAAGAAUGGUAAAAGCUAAUAUUUAUUUUUCAUGUUGAUUAAUAUCUUUACAAGAUAAACCUGUGCUUCCAAAACUUUGUAUCAUAAAGCUUAUUUCAUGAGAGAACAUGCUUUUGAAAUAUUAAAAAUGUAUCGAAGUGCAAUAAUGUUGUAUAAAUAAUCUAAUCUACUAAUAUUAUACAUGUAUUGUGAUGAAAUGGAAUUCUAGGUGUGUAUUUUAAAGAAUAUAAAACGUUAUUCGA